AUGAAUUCUUCAGCAAAUUCAAUGAGUCUUAAGGGAAUAUUCUUUAAAUUUGUAUUUUUGCCAUUAAUAUCUUACAAUUUAGUGCCACUUCUCAUAUGUCUUGUAAAGAAGUAUUUGUUUGAGAGAACAGAGAAAAGAAGAGCCAAACAAUUGUCAUCCGAGUCACCGGGGAGUCCAUGGAUUAGAUUGAGAGCACAAACAAAGACUCGCAUCAAAAGCAAUUUGCUCGACGAGUGUUCAUCUGUUCCGCAACUCUUCUCUAAAGUGAUGCAAAAGUUCAAAGACAAGCAUUGCUUUGGAUUCAGACAAGUCUUGCACGAAGAAGAGCAGAAACAGUCCGAUGGAAAAGUAUUCAAGAAAAUCGUGUUAUCUGACUAUCAAUGGCUCAGUUGUGAAGAAAUCAAUAAUAGAGUCGAAUAUAUGUCUAAAGGAUUUUUAUCGAUUGGAAUUAAACCGAAAGAUAUUGUAAUGAUAUUCGCGGACACGAGACUCGAGUGGAUGAUAUCGGCUCAGUCUCUGUUCAGAGUUGGCUCGACUGUGGCCACACUUUAUGCCACUUUAGGUGAAGAAGGAAUUAUAUACGGUAUCACCGAAUGCCAGGUCACGCAUCUUAUAACCAGUUCUGAGUUGUUAUUCAAAUUGAAAGCAGUUAUCCAUAAAUUAACACAAAUUCAAUGCAUUGUCUAUAUGAGUGGACACAAUCGACCCAAUAUUCAAGAGAUCUUCAGUGAAAGAGAGCUCAAAAGAAUUACUUUCUAUUCGAUGGACCAAAUCGAAGAACUGGGAAAAUCACACAAAGACUUGAAAGGAGUGGAGGCCACCGCACAGGACACCGCUGUUAUCAUGUAUACCUCGGGUUCAACGGGUGUUCCCAAAGGGGUGAUGGUUUCGCACCGGAAUUUGUUGACUGCAGUCAAAGCCUUCUACACGUUGGCCGAAGCGUUGGCCUCCGAUGACGUUUACUGCGCUUAUCUACCGAUGGCUCACAUCAUGGAAAUGAGUGCCCAAUUGUUCUUCAUUUCCAAUGGUUUGUCGGUUGGCUUCGCAACCAUUCAGACGCUUACAGAUAAGUCAACGGGUCUUAAGAAAGGGAUGAAAGGAGACCUGACAUUACUUAAGCCUACAAUUAUGACAGCCGUUCCCCUCAUCUUAGACCGGAUUCGAAGAGUCAUUGAAGACACAGUUAACAAGAAUUUGUUGUCAAAAAUAGUGUUUAUUUUUCUAAGAAGUCAAAAGAGCUUUUGGAGUCAUUUUGAUUUAAAUACUCCAAUCAUUAAUAUAAUAUUUUGCAGAAAAUUCAAAGCAAUUCUCGGAGGAAGAGUGAAAGUGAUAGCCUGUGGCGGAGCACCUCUUUCACCAGAAGCUCAUCAGUUUAUGCGCCACUGCUUUGAUCUAAAGGUAUUGCAAGGUUAUGGAUUGACUGAAACGUCUGCAUCGGCCACUCUCAUGGAUUUGGAUGACUCUAGUGUUGGGUUUGUGGGCCAACCCCUGGACGGCAUUCAAAUCAAACUCAUUGAUUGGGAAGAAGGCAAUUAUAAAGUGAUCGACAAACCAAACCCAAGGGGUGAGGUAGUGGUCGGCGGACUAAACGUUACGAACGGUUACUAUCAAAACGAAGCGUUGACUCAGGAGUUAUACAAAGAAGAGAAUGGAAUCAAAUGGUUCUUCACUGGAGAUAUCGGAGAGAUAUACCCAAACGGAUCCAUCAAAAUCAUUGACCGCAAGAAGGAUAUCAUUAAGUUGUCGACUGGAGAAUACGUAUCGUUAGCUAAAGUGGAGGCAGAAAUCAAAAAAUGUCCAUUUGUUGACAAUGUCUGCGUUUAUGGCAAUUCAGGCAAAGACUAUUUGAUUGCAUUGAUUAUUCCCAAUGCAAAGCAAUUGCAACAAUUAGCCAACAAAUUAUCCAAAAGCCAUAUGAGUUUCCCCGAGUUGUGCGCCGACACACACAUCAAUGACUCUGUAUUGAAGUCCAUUCAAAGUAUUGCAAGAAAUUCAAAGUUAUCUAAAACGGAGAUUCCCAACAAAAUUAAGUUAUGUUCAGAGGAAUGGCUUCCGGAUAACAAUUUGGUCACAUCUGCGCUUAAAUUAAAGCGAAAAAACAUCCAAGAAUUCUAUCAAAACGAUAUAAACCUAAUAUCUCAAUUUUUAAUAACUCAAGUCAAGCUAUGGAAGUAUAAACUCAAUAAAACAUAA